AUGGCUAUGAGUAAGAGCAAUAUAAGGUUGGCGAUUCUCACCGCCUUUUAUGUACUCUUCUUAGUGAUCGGAGCCUCAAUUUUCUCUGCGAUCGAAGCCCCCCAAGAAAUCAGCAUCAUUCGAAAUUUGCUGUCCAAGAGAGCUAGAUUUCUCCGGGAGCAUACUUGUCUUACAGAUGAUGCUCUGGAAAGUUUCAUUAAAGAAAUCAUCUCCGCCAGCAACAGAGGAGUAUCAGCAGUAGGAAAUGUUUCAAUGGAGCCUAAUUGGAGCUUUGGCCAGUCUAUAUUUUUCUCUAGCACUGUUAUUACUACAAUAGGAUAUGGUCAUGUUGCUCCACUCUCGGAAGGAGGAAAAAUUUUUUGCAUUGUUUACGCAUUAAUUGGGAUCCCAUUGACGCUUAUUUUACUCACUGCUUACGUGGAAAGGUUACUCAUACCGACAACACUUUUCCUUCAGUUCCUGAAUUCACGUUUAGGUCACCUUUAUCAACCAUUUCACAUCAGAAUUGGUCACCUCGUGUGUAUUGGAUUUAUCAUUUUCCUCUUGUUCUUCCUUAUACCUGCUGGGGUGUUCUCUUAUUUAGAACACGAUUGGAAUUAUUUGGAUGCUAUCUACUACUGCUUUAUCUCAUUGACGACUACUGGUUUAGGAGAUCUAAUUCCAGGUGACAGCUUGCAUCAACAAUAUCGACCACUUUAUAAAGUUUGCACAACAGGUUAUCUCUUGAUUGGCUUAACAUUCAUGAUGCUAUUUUUAGCAGUACUUUAUGAUAUACCUCAACUAAAUUUCGGAAUGUUUUUUCUGAUGAAAAGUGAUGGCACAUCUGAUCCUGAAAAAAUGCGUUUGCAUCCUUCAACGGGUUUGUAUGGUCCUAAAUAUACGCAACAUAUUGAUGAGCCAACCAUUCGACAUGUAAAAGCAGUUCCACAUCCGCAAUCUUCCUCACCAGAAGAUAAUCCAUAA